AGCCGUUCCCAGAUCUCGGGCCGCGGCUCUGCUUUGGGUCUCUGGGCCUCCGUGACCCCGGCAACCCAGUUGACCUUUACCGGCUCUUAGGCUCUCUAAACAUCCGGCUGGAAGGAUGCGUCCCAGUAUUUUCGAGACACUUUCGCCCCGUUUGAUAACCGGGGGGUGGCGGUAGCGUAUUUAACUUCUUGUAAUCAACAAAGGCACCUGCUGUGUACCUGGCUCCUUUUGAGGUGUCAUGUGGCCCGUGUUCUGGACCGUGGUGCGUGCCUAUGCUCCCUAUGUCACAUUUCCAAUCGCCUUCGUGGUGGGGGCUGUGGGCUACCACCUGGAAUGGUUCAUCAGGGGAACAGAUCCCCAGCCCGUGGAGGAGGAGAAGAGCAUCUCAGAGCGCCGGGAGGACCGCAAGCUGGAUGAACUGCUAGGCAAGGACCACACCCAGGUGGUGAGCCUUAAGGAUAAGCUGGAAUUUGCCCCUAAAGCCGUCCUGAAUAGAAACCGCCCAGAGAAGAGUUAAUGGAGGACACGGGACCCAGGGCAGGGCCGUGACUGGUCCUGCUACCAAGUUCACCCAGCCUCAGCACGCACACCUGGUCCGCUUUGUUGCUUAUUCUGGCCCUUGUCACAGCCCCAGCUACACAGGUUCUGGCUGCUCGGCU